AAUAUGAAGGGGUAUAGCAUAGUUAAGUAAAAGGCCAAAUCUAUUUUGUUUUGGUCUAAUAGGCCCACAAUAAAAUGGAGUCCACUUCUUAAACCCUAGAAGGCAACUCCCUUUCUCCUUCAUAAGCUUAUCUUCUCCAACUAGCGGCCGGGAAGGUCGAACAAAGAAACAAUGGUUUCGCUCAAGCUCCAGAAGAGGCUCGCCGCCAGCGUCCUCAAAUGCGGGAGAGGCAAGGUCUGGCUUGAUCCCAAUGAGGUCAACGAAAUCUCCAUGGCCAAUUCCCGUCAAAAUAUAAGGAAGUUGGUGAAGGAUGGUUUCAUCAUCAGGAAGCCAACCAAGAUCCACUCUCGUUCUCGAGCACGUCGCAUGAAGGAGGCCAAGAGAAAGGGUCGCCAUUCUGGAUAUGGUAAGCGUAGGGGUACUAGGGAGGCAAGAUUGCCAACCAAGGUCCUCUGGAUGAGGAGAAUGCGUGUACUUAGGAGAUUACUCCGCAAAUAUAGAGAAUCUAAGAAGAUUGACAAGCACAUGUAUCAUGAUAUGUACAUGAAAGUAAAGGGUAAUGUCUUUAAGAAUAAGCGUGUGCUAAUGGAGAGCAUCCACAAGUCAAAGGCUGAGAAGGCAAGAGAGAAGACAUUGUCAGAUCAAUUUGAAGCCAAGAGGGCUAAGAACAAAGCCAGCCGGGAAAGGAAAAUUGCUCGGAGGGAGGAACGAUUGGCACAGGGACCUGGAGAAAAACAACCACCGGUGACAUCGGCAGCCCAACCUGCUGCUGUGUCUCAAUCUACUCAGGCGUCGAAGAAAUCAAAGAAGUGAGAUUUUUACAAAAGGAGUUUCUUAGGAAGGUUUACUUCUGAUGUUUCCUCUGUCCUCCAUUAUUCUAGAGUAGUUUUCAGGAGGCUUUUUUGCAGCCUUUUGUUCACUUUUGGACCUUGUUGCUUCAUAUCCAAGACCAAGGGAUUUUAAGCCUGGUAAUUUUGUUAGUCUAUGUUCAUUGCGUUUUUUGUCAACCAUGUUUGCUUAAUGGAAUUUAUUUGAGAUUAAAUGCAUAUUGAUUGGUUUAGGGUGA